AUGGACGGUCGUUAUGUCAAUGGUUGCCUUACGGAUUUCCAUAUAUAUAUCGAGGGUGGACGUCCUACUUGGGUGUGGUUCGAGGAGUUGCUUGGAGUGAUUCCUCCUCCGAGCCAGGUUCAGAAGUUCGCAGUAAACUGCAGCUGGUUCCAGGAGACAUUUGGAGAGUGCCCCAAGGGAGCCGAUGAGGACACCGUUCGGCGCUAUGCUCGUGCCUAUAUCAUGAUGUUGUUGGGCACUCAGCUGUUUGCCGACAAGUCCGGCAACCGCAUUCACAUCAGAUGGCUGCCGUACGUAGCUAGGCUUGAGGAGAUGGGUUCAUAUAGUUGGGGGUCUGCAGCAUUGGCAUGGUUGUACCGGUGCAUGUGCCGAGUGGCGAACCGACAUGUGGUGAAGUUAGCGGGCCCACUUCAGCUACUUCAGUCCUGGAUCUUCUGGCGCUUUCCUAGGUUUAGGCCUGCUGGGUAUGAUACGUGCAGCUGGCCUUUGGAAUCGAGGUGGUCAGGUUACAACCCUUCCGUUAGCGAGAAGGGUCCUAGGGUGCAGAUGUGGAGACUGCAGAUAGACAUGUUACAGCCUUGGCAUUUUAUCUGGAUGCCGUAUAGCUCUCUCGAGGUACUGCAUGUUGUGCAUCCGGAAGCGUUGGAGCCUCGACACACGGCGCUGUGGCGAUCUGUGAUGUCACUGAUAUACUUUGCCGUCAUAGAGUGGCAUCAGAUAGAUAGGGUUCUACCACAGUUCGGCGGUGUCCAUCCCCGACCGCGUCCCGCCCUGAACAUUGACUUUCUGAUGUCGAAGGACGAGAGAGGGGGUGAUCGUUGGUUCCCGUCAGCUUUCCAGCAUUGGCAUCUUCAUUGGGACACUCGUGCGGACCACGUUCUCCGGUUCGAUGUUGUUGCGGACCCUGGCCGUUGCACGCAUACCUAG